CCUCUAGUGUAAACAGCCUAUUACAAUAUAUGAUUCUGUCAUUCAAAGUGGCAACGCUAGGCAUAUCAGCUGUUUCAGCCGUGCGUUCUUGAAUAACGUAAUCUAUGUCUGGAUCAAAAGUCCUUCGAUCAUUGCUGCACGAGUUACGGCAAGCAGCUUCCGAUGCUAACGAUAUGAAAAAAUCUCUGGCUGCUCGUUAUAUUCGGGCACAGUACAAAAGACUUGAAACAACCGACCAGCAAUUUUGCAAAGCCCGCAAUGAGGCAAUCUUCUUGGGGCAGACGUACCUUACAUAUUUGAGUAGCCAACGUAAAUAUAAUGAGAUUUACAGGGAGUAUCAUGGUCGCGGCGAACGAUCCGUAAAAGAAACUGCAGACCUUGUGGGAUUCAAACUGCCUACGGAUCCUAAAUGAUGAUCAUUCUUCAACUUAAUGAUAACAUUGAGACUUAAAUUGUAAAUGUCGCACUCUUUUUAAUUAAAAUAAAGAUGUAAAACAUA